UAUCAAUACCAGAAUGUUGAGCCUCUUCGUCUUUGGCUGAGAUCAACUUUGGGCAAUAAGAUAAGCCUCUCUCUCUCUCUAUGAAUGAAAAUAUCUCAGUUACAGUCGCCAUAACCAAUCGCUACAUUCCUGACUCCAGCUACUAAGGCCAUUAAAGUUUAGUGGUUCACCUCUUUUUAUCUUCUUACCUCUCCUGUAAGUCUCUGCUCUCUUGCAAUAUAUAUAUUAUACAUACUUUUCUCAGAAGCAAUUAGACGAACAGUAACGACGCGCGUGGAGACUUUUCUUUUGUGUCUGGAAAUUGCUAUCUUGUGCUGAUUUGGAGUUGUUCAAUUGUUAGCUCUUUUGAUGGGUCUGUUAGUGGUUUGCUCUACGAGUGUGUAUUGUGGUAGCUUCAGUUGUACUUGUGCAUGUACAGAGACUGUGAUAGCUUCUUCGAGUCAAAGUGCUAUAUUUAAGAGACGAAGCUUUGGAAAUUUAAAGGUUUGGACAUGUGGGUACUUGGGUAACAGGUCGAAUGUCAGGAAAAAUCGAAUGGGUUUAUGUGGGUUUGUUAUGAAACUCCCAAAGGAUGGGGUGGAGCUCGCCAAAGAUAAGAAGAAAGUUGUGAAAUCUUCAGAGGAGGUUCUGAGGAUGCUCAAGUCUACUAAGGACCCAAAUUCUGCUUUUUCAUAUUUUAUGGUUGUGGCUGGGUUACCUAAUGUUGUUCACACCACUGAAACGUGCAAUUACAUGCUUGAAGUCUUGAUGACUCAUAAGAGGGUGGAGGAUAUGGCUACUGUUUUUGAUUUCAUGCAAAAGAAAAUUGUCAACCGGAAUUUGAACACUUAUCUUGCUAUUUUUAAAGGUCUUUUCAUAAGGGGUGGAAUUCGACAAGCACCAAUUGCGCUUGAGAAGAUGAGAAAGGUUGGGUUCGUUUUGAAUGCUUAUUCAUAUAAUGGGUUGAUUUAUUUGCUUCUCCAGUCAGGGUUUUGUAGGGAGGCUUUGGAGGUUUACAACAGAGUGGUCAUGGAAGGGAUGAAGCCUAGCUUGAAGACUUAUUCAGCACUUAUGGUAGCGUUUGGAAAGAGAAGGGAUACUCGAACUGUAAUGGGUUUGUUAGAAGAGAUGGAACAUUUGGGAUUGAGGCCUAAUAUUUAUACAUUUACUAUAUGCAUUAGAGUUCUUGGAAGGGCCGGGAAAAUUGAUGAGGCUUAUGCUUUAUUGAAGAGAAUGGAUGAAGAGGGAUGCGGGCCAGAUGUAAUUACUUAUACAGUUCUCAUUGAUGCUCUCUGUAACGCAGGUAAACUUGAUAAUGCAAAGACUUUGUUUGUUAAGAUGAGAGCUAGCAGUCAUAAACCUGAUCGUGUAACUUACAUUACUUUGUUGGACAAGUUAAGUGAUUGUGGAGAAUUGGACACUGUAAAAGAAAUUUGGGAUGAAAUGGAAGCUGAUGGUUAUGAUCCUGAUGUAGUUACAUUCACCAUUCUUAUAGAUGCUUUAUGCAAAGCAGGCAAUGUUGACAAAGCAUUUGAUACUCUGGAUGACAUGAAGGAGAAAGGGAUCUCACCAAAUCUUCAUACUUACAACACUUUGAUUGGUGGACUACUAAGGGAAAGAAGAUUGGAUGAGGCUUUAAAACUUUUCAAUAAUAUGGAAUCCCUGGGCGUCAUGCCUACUGCUUAUACAUACAUUCUUUUCAUUGACUACCAUGGAAAGUCUGGUGAUUCUGUUAAAGCUAUUAAGACCUUUGAGCAGAUGAAAAGUAAAGGCAUUGUUCCAAAUAUUGUAGCUUGCAAUGCUUCUUUAUAUAGUCUUGCUAAAGCAGGUAGAAUUCAAGAAGCAAAAGAAAUUUUUGAUGGGCUCAAAAUUAGCGGGCUUACUCCUAAUUCGGUAACUUACAACCUGAUAAUGCGAUGCUAUAGUAAGGCGGGGAGAGUAGAUGAAGCCAUUAAGUUACUCUCUGAGAUGGUAAAGCAAGGGUGUGAACCUGAUGUAAUUAUAGUUAAUUCUUUAAUUGACAUGCUUUACAAGACUGACAGAGUUGAUGAAGCAUGGCAAAUGUUUUACAGACUGAAAGACAUGAAGCUCACUCCCUCAGUUGUAACCUUCAACACGUUGCUUGCUGGAUUAAGGAAAGAAGGUCAAGUCCAAAAAUCAAUUGAAAUAUUUGAGAGUAUGGUAGAGCACGGCUGUCCUCCAAACACAAUAACUUUUAACACUAUCCUUGAUUGCCUCUGUAAGAAUGAUGAGGUGCCACUUGCUUUGGAAAUGCUUUGUAAAAUGUCAACAAUGAACUGCCGUCCUGAUGUCUUCACUUACAACACAAUCAUUUAUGGAUUAAUCAAAGAAAACAGAGUUAACGAUGCAUUUUGGUUUUUCCAUCAGAUGAAGAAAUCUCUUUAUCCUGAUCAUGUAACUAUGUUCACUGUCAUUCCAGGUGUAAUAAAGGCUGGCCGGAUUGAGGAUGCAUUUAAGAUCGUCAAGAGUUUUGUGUACCAGGUUGGGGUUCGUGUAGAUGGGCCCUUUUGGGAAGAUUUGAUUGGAGGGACUCUGGUUGAAGCUGACACUGAUACAGUCAUUUUAUUUGUUGAAAAGUUAGUAUCCGAUAAAGUAUGCCUGGAUGACUCUGUACUUGUACCUCUAAUAAGGGUGUUGUGUAAGUGUAAGAAAGCUCUUCAUGCAGAAUAUUUGUUUGCAAAAUUUUCUGGGACUUUAGGAUUAAAGCCUACUUUGGAAUCAUACAAUUGUUUGAUUGAAGGGCUUCUUAGAGUUCAUAUUACUGACAAGGCUUGGGAUCUUUUCAAUGAAAUGAAAAGGGUUGGUUGUGUCCCUGAUGCUUUCACCUACAACUUGUUACUUGAUGCGCAUGGGAAGUCUGGGAAAAUCACGGAACUCUUUGGAUUAUAUGAAGAGAUGUGUAGUAGGGGAUGCAAGCCUAACACAAUCACUUAUAAUAUACUCAUUUCCAGUUUAGUGAAAUUUAGUAGUGUGGAUAAGGCUAUCGGUUUUUACUAUGAUUGUGUAGGUCGUGAUUUCUCCCCCUCUCCCAGUACAUACGGACCGCUCAUUGAUGGACUUUUCAAGUCAGGAAGACAUGAAGAAGCAAUGCUUUUCUUUGAGGAGAUGGUAGAAUAUGGAUGCAAACCUAACUGUGCGAUUUUUAAUAUUCUUAUAAAUGGGUAUGGGAAAACAGGAGAUGUGGAAACUGCCUGUCAGUUGUUUGAAAGAAUGGUUAAAGAAGGAAUAAGACCAGACUUAAAGUCUUACACGAUUCUUGUGGAUUCUUUCUGCCUUCUAGGAGAAAUUGAUGAUGCUCUGUAUUACUUUGACGAACUAAAGCAGGCUGGCCUUAGUCCUGAUUCAGUUUGUUACAACCUAUUGAUUAAUGCCCUUGGAAGAUCACGAAGGGUAGAAGAAGCUCUAUCUCUCUACGCUGAAAUGCGGGGCAGAGGAAUUUUUCCUGAUCUGUACACAUACAACUCGCUAAUACUCAGUCUUGGGAUUGCGGGAAUGGUAGAGCAAGCUGGGAGUAUGUAUGAAGAACUACAGCUUAAGGGUUUUGAACCUGAUGUUUUCACCUACAAUGCUCUCAUUCGAGCCUACAGCACAUCAGGGAAUCAAGACCAUGCAUAUGCCGUUUACAAGAAAAUGAUGGUUGGUGGCUGUGAUCCAAAUGUGGGAACGUUUGCACAACUUCCUAAUGAAACUUGAGUGCUUCUUUUUAUUGAAUUACUUACGUGGUAGAGUUACUUUCCUUUUCAAUAUUUUCUAGUAAAGUAUGAUUUACAGCAGAUAAAAAUCAGUUUAGUUUCAAAUUUAACAUGUUAUUUUCCGUUUGUAAAGUGAUAUACAUGUUUUGAUGUUUAUAAAAAUUCUAUUGAUGAGUGAAGUCUAUUAUUCUUACACAAAAUAUCUUAUAUUAAGAGCUCCAUUGGUUUUCUUCCAUACUAAUCCCCUUGGGCUCGGUGACAUUGAUUGGAAUGUUGCUCCAUUUGUGAAUAUGUAUCUGAACCAAGUUUCGCAAUUGCUUUCUACUUUCAUUUUGAUAGGACAUAACAUCUUAUUUGGAUCAGCCUUUGAUUCUGCAAGAUAUGAGAAGGCACUGCAGCAUGACCUUGACUUCCUGUAAUUGAUCUAAAAGUUAUAACUUUCUUAAGCUAUGCCAUGAAAAUCUUUCAUCAAUUUUUGGCCUAUGGUUAUAGCCUUCCUCACGUGCUGCAUAUACAGGGUAGUGUCGCUUCACUGAUUGGUGCACUGAUGCUGGUUCUUAUGUCUUCGUUCAAGGUUAGAAGUUACACGUCAUAUGCAAGAUGCAGCAAUUUUCUGAGGAGGGAUCGCAACGUACAGACUAGAGAAUUGGCUUCAUGAAUGAAAUUUUGGCUGCAAUGGACACUGUGAAGUGUUAUGCAUGGGAGAGUAGUUUCCAGUCCAAUACUCCAAUGUACAAAGUGUCCGUACUGAUGAAGUCCUUCUAGCAGGAAGAGAAAGUGGAAUUAUCCCAAAUGUAUUCAGUGAGGGCAUAUUCAGCUCCGGCUGGUCAGGCAUUGAUAACGACUUCCUCUGCAUUUGUUUGCUUGCUCACGAUUGGUAAUUGGUGGGAAAGAAUUGAACAAGUUGGAGGAGGCUAUGAAGAUAAUACAGAAAGUGAUGAUAAAUCCAUGGAGAUACCAUCUGCUUAGUGGAGGGAGAUAUCUGAUAUGAAAAAAGCUAAGCAAUUAGCUGAACAGUGUGCACCUUAUCACCUUAUCUCCUCCGGCUGGUCAGGCAUUGAUAACGACUUCCUCUGCAUUUGUUUGCUCGCUCACAAUUGGUAAUUGGUGGGAAAGAAUUGAACAAGUUGGAGGAGGCUAUGAAGAUAAUACAGAAAGUGAUGAUAAAUCCAUGGAGAUACCAUCUGCUUAGUGGUGGGAGAUAUCUGAUAUGAAAAAGCUAAGCACUUAGCUGAACAGUGUGCACCAUAUCGCCUAUCCCUCAAGCAUGUUGCCAUACAAUGUUAAAUAAACUCUUUAAACUUGAAUAAUUGUGAUCUAAUCAAACUAUAAGUACAGGGAAUUUCAUAAGUUAACACAACUACACUUCUAUGUUAAGUAAGAUUCGAUUUGCAA